GGGAGGCGAGGGGGAGGAGAGUCCCGCGGAGCUGUUUUGGUUACUAUGGCAUCCGGUGAGGAGAUUACUGUCUGUGAAGAUGAACUAAGGUCUCGGUACAGCCACUUAGAGAAGAUGACAGAUUUGGUGGCUGUUUGGGAAGUAGCUUUAAGUGAUGGUGUUCAUAAGAUUGAAUUUGAACAUGGGACCACUUCAGGAAAACGUGUUGUCUAUGUUGAUGGAAAGGAAGAAAUAAGAAAAGAAUGGAUGUUUAAAUUAGUGGGUAAAGAAACAUUCACUGUUGGAGCAUCCAAAACAAAAGCUACUAUUAACAUUGAUGCAGUCAGUGGCUUUGCAUAUGAAUAUACUUUGGAGAUCAAUGGGAAGAGCCUCAAGAAGUAUAUGGAGAACAGGUCAAAAACAACCAACACUUGGAUCCUGACCUUGGGGGGUACAGACUAUAGGGUGGUUUUAGAAAAGGACACUAUGGAUGUGUGGUGCAACGGUGAAAAAGUGGAAACAGCGGGUGAAUUUGUAGAAGAUGGGACUGAAACUCACUUCAGCGUUGGUGGCCACAGCUGUUGCAUUAAGGCUGUCAGUAGUGGAAAACGAAAGGAAGGAAUUAUUCAUACCCUUAUUGUGGCUGACAGAGAGAUCCCAGAGGCUGUGGAGUAGCCUCUAGUUGACUGAUUUCUGUAGGACUAAGAUCAGGAAUUUUCAAUUACUGUGGUAAUUAUUUUAAUAUGUACUACUUGGUACAUCUAGUUUGUGCUGGGUUUAUUUUCUAGUUUCUGUACAUGGAAUUAUUCUGAGGACCAGAUGAAAAUAAUUAUAUACAACCUCUUGCAUUACAAGUUUUUUUUUUUUAACUAUGUGUAUAUAUAUACAGAGAAUAUAUAUUAUAUCACGAAGUGCAGAGAACACUGGUGAACUUAUACUAGAAAAAAAUAUUGCUAUAAUAAAAUGGAAGAUACUCAGUAAGACUGAAUCCUUAUAAAUGGCAGGUGUUUGUGGAGGGAGGAGGAAGCAUGUGCUGGGCAUUUGAUUUUCCCAGUAGUUAUUUUUUCUAUUAAAUUAUAUAUAAACUACCAAUGUUUUCAGAUGCAGUUAAAAAGAGUUACAAAGUUAAUAAAAAGGAUAUUGAUUAAA